GUUUGUUCUCUCGAGGAGGCGGGUAAAAUUUUUGUUACAGAAUGGAAGACUAUGAACAGUUCAUACAACGCCGACUUUACGAACUGAAAAGGAAGGAUAGCAACGACAACAACAAGAACCAACGCCGGACACUGGAAUCACCAUGUACUCGCCACGGAUCAUCAGCUAUCCGUUUCCAUGGCAUACCCAUCCUUCCUCCAUUGCUCACAGGAGUUCAAAGAGAAGAGAUGCAGAGACACAGAGAGGUAGCCAAGAGGACUACGGAUAGGAGGAAGACUCAGCCCUCUGAGACGAGGAUGUCCUACGUUCAGAACAUUCUACACAGUGUUCAGCUGAGGCGAGCACCAACACUGGAGGAGUUCUUUCAGGGUGAACCAGGACUAACGGCAGCCAAAACCACCAACCUACACCACAGCAAUGUCUGCCAGGUUCUAGCGUCGCAGAAUGAUGAUGUCACCGAGACCAAGAACAGCUUGCCGGGGUCGUACUCCCCACCAACCUUAACCGUCAUGCAUGAUGGGAAAGCAGGCAUCCUCGUCCGAGGUCCUCCCAUGACGUCGACAGCCUACGGCGCCUUCACAACGAAUCACCUUACAACUCUCCAUAACACCACCACUGUGAGGGAGACCUUCCUAGAUAAGCUGGUCUGUGACCCAAUGACACCUUCUCUAGCUAGAGAGACAACCACACACACCAACCAGGUUGCUCCACAAACAGAGACCCGGACCAGGGAGAGACUCUUGUAUGACCAGGAUAAGACCACCAAUGCUGGGUGUGUUCUGGAGGAGGACCUGGGUUCAGGAGAAGCAGCAGUGGAUCCUCUAGCUGACAUCAGCCACCAGUCUUCAGAGACCCGGACCAGGGAGAGACUCUUGUAUGACCAGGAUAAGACCACCAAUGCUGGGUGUGUUCUGGAGGAGGACCUGGGUUCAGGAGAAGCAGCGGUGGAUCCUCUAGCUGACAUCAGCCACCAGUCUUCAGAGACCCGGACCAGGGAGAGACUCUUGUAUGACCAGGAUAAGACCACCAAUGCUAGGUGUGUUCUGGAGGAGGACCUGGGUUCAGGAGAAGCAGCGGUGGAUCCUCUAGCUGACAUCAGCCACCAGUCUUCGGGGUACGUGACGUAUGAAAACGUGGAGGCCACCUGUGUGUUGAGUCGGACUGAGGCUGGGGAGAGCAUUAUGUCAGGGCCUGAGGAGGAGGGGACACCAGGUGGAACGGGGGGGGUUCUCCUACACAACACCUCCGAUACAAACACAACCAAGGCAUGUAAUAUCAUCAGCCAUCCUCCCAUUGAUGCUGAAGAUCUGGACGAGGGGUCGUCCCCGUUUGACGAUGACCUCAUAACCGGUGGCCCUGCAGAUGAGGCGAGAGUCACGUCGUCCUGGUGUAAUGACGUCAUACCAGACUAUUUAGAGGAAGCGUUGGUGACGUCGCCUCUACAGAGCAACGAUAUCACACCUCCUGUAGAAGACCGCAUAGCAAGUCAUCCAGGAAAGAAGUGUGGCACUGCUAAUAUUGUCACUUUCCCCCAGCAUCAAGCCUCAUCACUAUCAGACCGUCCUGAACCCAAGAUUGUAGUGACAUGUCCUCAGGCUGAGGCCUCGACACCGGACCUCUGCAAACCAGAUCAGGCUUCAGACUUAGACCUGGAACGACCGGAGGGACCAUACCGGCUCAGCCUCCAGACUCUUCUAAAGAAAUCCCAGGCAGUUUUGGAACGCCCCAAACCAGGCAGGAACCAGCCAGAACCAAAGAGCCAGACUGGAGAUGUAGAUUUGGACCCGGAAUCGGAACCAGUGGCAGGGCCGUACCGCCUCAGCCUUCAGACCCUGCUGAAAAAGUCCCAGGAGCACCGGAGACGCCAGCGUCAGCUGAAGAACCAGGCCAAGACCUCUACUUGUCCUACCAGGAUCCAGGAGGCCUCGACACACCAGAAGAUGGAGGAGGAGAUCAGUUUCUCAGACAAAGAGAAUGAGGAGUUCCUCCAGUCAGGGAGAGUGGUGGCGGAGGGAAGGAAAACCCGGGACAGGGAUUGGAGAAAGGAUCAUCUGGGAAUGGGAGUCCAGUUUUCCAGACCGCCACCACUAGAGAUAUUCCCUAAGGAAGCGUGGGUUCAACGUGAGGAGGAGAAGGCGAGCUCUAGGAUUGUGGAAAGAAUGGGACUCAACGAAAAAGGAUGUCAUGAAAGAAUAUUGAAGGAAUUGGAGGCUGGAAAUGGCCCUUCACAUUUGGUUGGUCGAGAAGGAAACACCCAAUCCCAAUCUCCUCCAGGAGUGGACAUUGAUGCUGGCUCGGCAGCCGAAGACAUCCAGCUACACCUCUCACCAGACAUCCAGCUACACCUCUCACCAGACAUCCAGCUACCCCUCUCACCAGACAUCCAGCUACACCUCUCACCAGACGUCACAGCAGCACCGUCAAAGCUAAUGGAGAACCUUCCACAUCCUAUCUCAGCCUCCAUAACCCAGAAAUCAUUCUACCUAGUCAGGGAGAAGAGCUCUACCCUGCCGAGGCCUUCCUCUCUGGGGGGUAGUAGGUUCCAGACCGUCCCUACCCCCCAGUUUAGUAUGAGCCCUAUCCGCUGUAAGAGUAAAGGAAACAGUGGGGGAGGAGGGCGUGGCACCCCCAAGAGGCAGAUCCUGGUAAACACACCUUUGAAUGUAGACAACGAGGUGGGGUCGGUGACUGGGCAGGAAAAGAAUGAUGCUCGGGACCAAAGGCAUCUGCACAGAGCGCCCCUAGUGGCUGGGGGUGGUACAACACCUAUGCGUAGGAGCUCAGACCAGGCAGAACAGAUAGCUCAGCUGGAGCUCAACCUGUCCAGCCUCAAAAUACUGAUCUCAGACCUGGAGUCCACGCUCACAGAGACACCAGAGAGCCACCAGACACACAACAACAGCCAGACGGAUAAUAUAGACCAACAACACAAAUACAUGGACGACCACACACCUGACAGCCAGGCCUUACAGAGAACAGGGAACCAGACACACAACAACAGCCAGACUGAUAAUAGUAGUAACCUUACCAUGGACCCGCCACAUAAAUACAUGGACUACCAUACACCUGAGAGUCAGGCAGAGAGUAACCUUACUGACAGUGAGAAAGGAAGAGGGGAUGGAGGUCAGAGGUCAGCUGAUAAGAUGGCGGUGGUCCCCUGUAGAGUCCAGUGGUGUGACAGCGUACCUCCAUUGGUCAAGGAGGUGGAGAUCACUGUUACAACGGGUUACAAAAGACAAGAUGGUCGCCAGCAGCAGCCUCUUGCAGCGGGCCUCGUCACCUCCCUCACUCAGAAGAGGAGAGUUCCUGACGUGUUCCGGAAGGUUCCAUAUGAUGUCAUCAAGGUUCCGUCGGAAGUCAUCAAGGUUCGGAAUGACGUCGUCAAGAUUCCGGCAUCACACAAAACACCUUUCUCCGUCCUCUCAGACGCCAGUGACAACCAGCACCAGCCAAUGGAGUGGAAGAGUUAUCUGGAGGACCCUGCCCACUUCCAAUCCAUCAACCAAUCGUAUGACGUGGACACGCCCUCAGGGCUCUGGCUCCAGGGAGGGUCAGGGUCAGAGGGGUCGUUGAAAGGUCAUGACCCCGCGGGGAAGCAGCUGACCCCUGAGAACGGAGGUGGUGGUCAGGGAGGGGCGUCAAGGGCCAAACGUAGACUGGUCAUGCACACGACAGAGGGGAACAGGGGACGAGGACGAAGAGAGGUGAUGGACAGGCCUCACUCCAGUACUCCUAAAGCUGCGGUGCGGUCACACAGUCAGGAGAACCAGCAGGUGGGAUCCUGUUCCAGUCAGGAGAACCAGCAGCUCCAGCUGAAGCAGACCCAUGCAGCCCAGGUCAGAGCCCUGAAGGAGGAGCAGAGGAGACAGCAGCAACAACUACUGCAGAUGCUGGCUGUACGUUACCAGCUACUCCAGAGUUUGUCCUUCCCUGUGUCCUGCCCCACAUCCAGCGCACGUCUAGGGGACAACACGACCUCCCUCCUCCCCCUCUCUUCCAUCCCCCUGUCCAUCCCUCUGUUCUCCCCUUUACCAGGAUCCCUCCUUUCAGACCCAGACUCCCCCCCACCAAGAUCCCUCCUUUCAGACCCAGACUCCCCCUCACGGUCUCCCAGGUGUCUGUCUGUGUGUUUUGGCCCCCUGGUGGCAGCAGCAGUGAAGGGAUACCUAACCAGGAGGCUCCUACGCACAGAGAGAGUGGGACAGCUGCUAUGUACCAUCAAGGACACGGAGCAGUUCCUGCAGUCCUUCCAGCCCCAGAGCCCUGGGAGAGACAGCAGGCAAGACCUGGUGCUGCAGGAGAGAGUCACACUGCAGCUCCGAUCGGCACGUUAUGAGUUCCAGGACGUCUUCUGUCUGUCAGCAGGAGACAGGAUGCAGAUCAUCAGCUGGGACAGACAGCUGGCCAGGGACAGGGAGAUGAGACGCCAGACUGGGGAAACGGGGUCGACCAAGGGGAAGAGUUCUCUGUCAGCUGCUACACAGAAGGCCUUGGAGAGGAAGAGAGGAGUCAUGAUGAGGAAAGCGGCAGAGGGGCAGAGGGGGACUGGAGCUGUGGUUGUUGCCUGCCAGAAGGGCCCUCUGGCUGGGGUAGAGGGGAACGUCGUGAAGCAGACACGUGGGUCUUUUCGACCCAACCCUCAAAGGGUCCCCAAGACCACCCAGUCCCGCAGAUCUCGGUGAAGAUGGUCUACUUAUCGGGCUAGACUGGACUGGAACUGGGUCGUGUUCAUUUUGGCACAGUGUAGCAAAACGUUUUGCACAGGAGAACGAAAACGAGCGUUUCUUAUUGGACAAGUUCAGGGUCAUAUUCAUUAGUGGAAAUGUUUUGGAAAAUGAAAACAAGCGUUUCUUAUUGGACAAAUUCAGGGUCAUAUUCAUUAGUGAAAAUGUUUUGGAAAAUGAAAGUGUUUAUUUUUCUUAUUGGACAAGUUCAGGUAGUCCCUCCCUUGACCCAGGUAAUGAAUACUGUUGAUACCUAAAUAUACACACACACACAAUCCAUCUCACUUAACCCUAAAACAAUACGGCCCUAUGGGCCCUGGUCAAAGUAGUGCAAUACAGGGAAUAGGCUGCCAUUUGGGAUGCAUGCAUAGUGUUUCUUGCUAGCCAUCUGGAAAGUAUUGUAUUUCUUACCACAAGACCUCAGGACUUGUUUUUGGACACACUGUUCGUAAUAUGUUAGUUUUACACGUUUUACACUAUUUAUAUUUCCUAUACCUGUUUGUGGUACGGUAUUGGGAUGGCAAAGCAACCAAAGCCCAGAAAACCCAAGUCUAGUUUUGAAGGUCUGUUCUGAGUGUUCUUUCCUACUGUUUUUGUUCUAAAUUAUUUAGAAGUGUUUUUUAAUAAAUGUUUUUAUAAAAAA